CCCACCCCAAAACCCUUGGUCUCUCUUUCGCCAGCAACGCACAAUUUCAUCACGUUCCUUGCUCACCUUCCAAUGGCGGACUACGAGACCACCACCGCCCACCACAAUGUGAUCCCAAAAGAGACUGCCCUUCAAGCCCUCAACACCAUAAUCCAACUCCAUUUCGAGAAGACCCUCGAGAAGAAACGGGCCGUAGAUCAACAGAAAAAGGAGUUAUGGAAGCUCUUCCAGUUCUUCUUCCUCUUUUUAGGGCUAAUAUUCUUGGCCCAAUCCCAGUCCACGCGCCUCCAGUGCCGCCAUUGUUGGGUACCCAUUGGGCUUCUCUCUCUAGCCCACCUCAUGUUCUAUGUCUCAGUGGCUCAGACCCUUAGGUGUAUCAAUGGGUUCAAGUACCAGAGGAGGUGCCACAAGUUGACUCUUGGGUUGGCCACUGAGAGGCUGAGGCAGAUCAAGAUGAGAAUGAGUGGCGGCGGCGGCGGCGGCGGUGGUAGUGAUGAGGUUUUGGAGGAUGAGUUUGAGAUACAUUAUCAAGAGCCUCCUGAGAGUUACUUUGGUAAGUUCAAGAGGAACUGGGCUUUGCAUUUUGGGUUCUUGAUCUUGAUUUAUGGGUUUAUGGUCUCUUCCUCUGUUGUUCUUCUUUGUUUUUGAUUGUUGGCUGGUACUUUAAUCUCUGGCUAUAGCUUUUGGUACAUUGGUUGAUUUAUGAAGAAUUUUUCAAAUUCAAUAGAAAAUUGGUGUUUGGAAUUCUUAGUUGGAAGAUAUUGGAUUAUGGGUUUGUUGUGCCAGUGAUAUAUAUGAUAAAUUCACAGCAAGAAAAAUAAAAAAUGAAAGAUAUGAUUGAUAAAUGAAUAGAGGAAUAUGCG